CUUAACGAAAAUCCUACUUCGACUUCGACUCGUUCAUUACGUUCGCGAACGCUUAAGUUAUAAGAUUGUCUUAGCUUUGUUCUUAAAUUUCUUCCGGAAGUCCCUAUUUAACUCAAGAUGGGUAGGGAGGACAAAGCUAGCUGGAAAGCAAACUACUUCGUUAAAAUCGUGCAAUUGCUCGACGAGUUCCCAAAAUGCUUCAUUGUCGGCGCGGACAAUGUUGGCUCUCGCCAGAUGCAGACCAUUCGUAUGUCGCUGCGUGGCUCAGCCAUUGUCCUCAUGGGCAAGAACACCAUGAUGCGUAAAGCAAUCCGUGGUCACCUGGAGGAAAACCAGAACCUCGAGAAGCUGUUACCGCACAUCCGCGGUAACGUUGGCUUCGUGUUCACCAAGGGUGACCUGGUCGAAGUGCGCGACAAACUGAUGGAAAGCAAGGUCCGUGCCCCAGCUCGUGCUGGUGCCAUCGCUCCCCUAGAAGUCGUCAUUCCAGCGCAGAACACUGGUCUCGGUCCAGAGAAGACUUCUUUCUUCCAGGCUCUGUCUAUUCCGACCAAGAUUUCCAAGGGUACAAUUGAAAUCAUCAACGACGUACCCAUCCUGAAGCCAGGCGACAAGGUCGGAGCUUCCGAAGCCACCUUGCUGAAUAUGUUGAACAUUUCGCCGUUCUCGUACGGUCUGCAAAUUCAGCAAGUGUAUGAUUCUGGUUCUAUUUUCUCUCCGGAUAUUUUGGACAUCAAGCCGGAAGACCUCCGUGCCAAAUUCCAGGCAGGAGUUGCCAAUUUGGCAGCAGUUUCGCUCGAGAUCGGAUAUCCGACGUUGGCUUCCGUACCACACAGCAUCGCCAACGGAUUCCGCAAUCUGCUGGCCAUUGCCGCCGUCACCGAGGUUGAGUUCAAGGAAGCCGAAACCGUCAAGGAGUUCAUCAAGGAUCCGAGCAAAUUUGCUGCUGCUGCUGCUCCGGUCGCUGCAGCCGCCGCCGCUGCUCCAGCUGCUGCCGCCAAGGAGGAAAAGAAGGAAGAAUCCGAGUCCGAGGAUGACGAUAUGGGCUUCGGCUUGUUCGAUUAGAAAGCUGUCGGGUUUCUCAUUCGUGGCAUUCGCAUGUUAUACCAUCCUUUAAUUUCAUCACUUGCAACUGGUUCGUGUUUGCAGUUUGGGUCAAUCGUAUCUACUCGUCCGGGAUUUGCGACGACGGGUCCUCAUGGCGAUAUACGAUCGAAAGUGCAACGCGACCCAGUUUCUGUUUUACUUAUUGAGGAUGAGUAAGCAUAAAAAUAUAAACAUCGAUUUAUAUUUGCCCAAAUAAAAAACAUUCAA